AUGAUGUCACGACCACAUCGUCACGGACCCAGCUCAGGUACUCUAUGGGUUGUGGCUUGGUCUGAAAGUGCCAGCUGCGGCCCGAUUUUCAGACAAGCCAGACGAUCUGCCAAUGUCAGACUAAGAGCAAAAACGGCUUGUUUAUGCUGGAACUGUUCAUGUUGGUGA